AUGGACCAACCACCGGGCUUCAUCGAUACAGAUCAUCCAGAUCAAGUGUGCCGCCUUCGCAAAGCCAUUUAUGGCCUCAAACAGGCCCCGAGAGCCUGGUACACAGAGCUCCGAACGUUUCUCCUAAGCAUUGGCUUCGUUAACUCCUUGGCCGACACGUCCCUGUUUGUCCUCAACUACGGUACGAAGUAUCUAUAUCUUCUUGUCUAUGUGGAUGACAUUCUUGUCACAGGGAGUAACAAACAGGACAUUCACCACAUUCUAGCUCUUCUUGCCAACCGUUUCUCGGUCAAGGAUGCAGAGGAUCUCAACUACUUCCUUGGUCUUGAAGCUCAUCGGACGUCUGCUGGUCUUCAUCUCUCACAGCGCAAAUACAUUCUUGAUCUUCUUCAUCAGUACAACAUGAUCAAUGCCAAGCCCGUAACUACACCUAUGGCCACUUCUCCGAAGCUCACGCUAACCACUGGCACACCCAUCUCUGAUCCAACACCAUAUCGCAAGCUCGUAGGCAGUUUACAAUAUCUAUCUUUCACUAGGCUUGACAUUGCAUAUGCUGUCAACAAGCUGUCCCAGUUUAUGCAUCAACCCACACAUGAUCACAGGCAGGCCGCCAAACGCAUUCUCCGUUACCUCGCCGGCACAACAACCCAUGGAAUCUACUUCCAUGCUAAUAACAACCUCAGUCUUUAUGCCUUCUCUGACAACAUCAGCCGCAAUCUCAACCUACAUUCCUUCUCUGAUGCUGAUUGGGCUGGUGAUCCUGAUGAUUAUGUGUCCACUAAUGCCUAUGUUGUUUAUCUAGGUCGUAACCCCAUAUCCUGGAUGGCCAUAAAACAGAUCGGCGUUGCAAGAUCCUCCACUGAAGCGGAGUACCGCGCUGUGGCUCACACUGCAGUUGAACUUACUUGGGUCUGUGAUCUUCUAAUCGAACUUGGCAUCACGCUACCUACUCCGCGGGUUGUGUAUUGUGACAAUGUAGGUGCAACGUUCUUAUGUGUGAAUCCUGUUUUCCACUCACGGAUGAAGCACAUCGCCGUUGACUAUCACUUCAUCAGAGGUUUGGUUCAAAAAGGAGCUCUGCGUGUUUCACACAUCAACACAAAGGAUCAAUUGGCCAUUGCAUUAACUAAACCGCUCACUAGUGUGCGUUUUAACGAUCUUAUAAGCAAGAUUGGAGUGAUUCAAACCCAUCCAUCUUGA